UUUUCAUUCAUCAUUCAACCUCUUUUCGCUUCACCUCUCACCCUCCUGCUUAGGAUACAAAGUAUACUACGAAAGUCUGCUCGUUUUACAUCGCGGGCGACGCUUUACCGACUUUUUCUAGUCCACGUUUUCCUCACCCACCUAUCGAUAAGGCCUUAGCGGGGCAAGCCGAACAGUGAUCCAACACUGAAUUUUCCACCCUCCUUCCCUGGACACCUCCCACCGCCUUCGCACCGCCCUCCCACCGCCCUCUCACCCUCACGUAUCGCACAACAUGGUGUCCGCAUCCAAAGCCGCCCGCCAGGCCAAGCGUGCCGCCGAGGGGAAAGAGCCCAAGAAGACGGCUGCGUCCAAGGUGUCAUCCCGGGUGGCCUCGAAGAAUGCCUCCAAGGCAUCAUCGGUCAACGGGGAUGAAGACGCUCCGCUCGAGGAUCUCGAGAUCAACGAGGAGGUAAAGAAGCUAACUCUGCAGGAAGACAAGCACGGGUUGUCGGAUCGAGUCACGACCGGUGUGCUGGCCUCGUUGGAAGCCAGCCGCGACGUCAAGAUCAAUUCCGCGUCCCUCGUGUUCCACGGCCGAGUCCUGUUCAACGACACCACCAUCGAGGUCAACUACGGCCGUCGAUACGGGCUGUUGGGCGAGAACGGAUGCGGCAAGUCCACGUUCCUCAAGGCUAUCGAUAAGCGCGAGUUCCCCUUCCCAGAGCACAUCGACAUCUACCUAUUGAACGAGGGUGCCCCCCUCUCGGAACUUGGCGCUCUGGAGUGGGUCGUCAGAGAGGCGGAGAAUGAGCUGGCCCGCUUGGAGAAGCUGGCUGAGGAUAUUCUCGAGAGGGAUGGCCCUGAGAGCCCCCUGUUGGAGGAGCUCUACGAGCGACAAGAAAGCAUGGACCCCUCGACAUUCCACACUCGCGCUUCCCUCAUUCUCACCGGUCUCGGCUUCAACAAGAAGACCAUCAACAAGAAGACUAAGGACAUGUCUGGUGGUUGGCGAAUGCGAGUUGCGCUUGGCAAGGCUCUGUUUGUCAAGCCAUCUCUCCUCCUUCUUGAUGAUCCGACUGCCCAUUUGGAUUUGGAGGCCUGUGUGUGGCUGGAGGAAUACAUGAAGAAGUGGGAUCGUACGCUCAUCCUCGUUUCGCACUCCAUGGACUUCUUGAACGGCGUUUGUACGAACAUGAUCGACAUGCGCAUGAAGCAGCUCCUGUACUAUGGCGGCAACUACGAUUCCUACAUUAAGACCCGGACGGAACAGGAAACCAACCAGCAAAAGGCGUACGAGAAGCAGCAAGACGAGAUCAAGCACAUCAAGAAGUUCAUUGCUUCCGCUGGAACGUACGCCAACUUAGUCCGACAGGCCAAGUCUCGCCAGAAAAUUCUGGACAAGAUGGAGGCAGACGGGUUCAUUGAGCCCGUCGCCACGGACAGAGUCUUCACCUUCCGUUUCGCCGAUGUUGAGAAAUUGCCGCCUCCAGUGCUUGCGCUUGACAACGUUACUUUCUCCUACUCCGGAAGCCCUGAGGAUAAUCUGUAUGAAAACCUAGACUUCGGUGUUGACAUGGACUCGCGUACUGCUCUUGUCGGACCCAACGGUGUCGGAAAAUCGACUUUGCUCCGUAUAUUCACUGGAAAGCUAUCCCCAACUUCCGGAUCAGUCUCUCGCCACACUCACUUGAAGCUGGGAAUGUACAGCCAGCACUCGGCUGAGCAGCUCGAUCUUACCAAGUCAGCUCUCGACUUUGUGCGCGACAAGUACUCCAGCCAGAGUCAGGAUUACCAGUACUGGAGACAGCAGCUCGGUCGCUAUGGCUUGAGCGGUGAGGCGCAGACGGCCAAGAUGGCUACCCUGUCCGAAGGCCAGAAGAGCAGAAUUGUAUUCGCGCUAUUGGCUAUCGAAGGCCCGAACAUGUUGCUCCUGGAUGAACCUACGAAUGGUCUAGAUAUUCCUACGAUUGACAGCUUGGCGGAUGCCAUCAACGCUUUUAGCGGUGGCGUUGUGGUUGUUUCUCACGACUUCAGAUUGCUAGACAAGAUUGCCAAAGACAUCAUGGUGUGCGAGAACAAGACGGUUCGACGAUGGGACGGAAGCAUUGGAGAUUACAAGAAGCAUCUCCGCAAGAAGAUGGUGUCUGCUGGUGCGGUGUAAGCAGACCGGCGAACUUGGUGCAUAAAUUGCAUGCGCCUCCCCCCGGACCAGUGGGACGUCCGUUCAAACCAAAAGUCGAAGGAUUUGACGCAGAAUGGUGGGUCAUUCUGCGGGGCACGACGUGCGGCGUCCCACGGCCUGCUUCCAGGUUUGGGGCGGUUGUUGGGUGUGUGGAAGAGGCAUCUGGAUUCUGCGUUUACUGAUGCAUUGGGUUCUUAGAGGAGUUCAUAGAUUGUGGGUCAUGAAUAAAAUGAAAUGCCGUAGAACAGG